AACAAAAGGGACAGACAUGCAUAUGGCAAUUACUUGUUGCAACUUUUGGAAGUGUCAGAGUCAUUAAUAUUACCAAAAUAAAGAAGUGUGAAUAUGUUCUUGCAGCAAUGAAGCUACAAUUUUGGGUUUGGAUAAGGGCCCUUUAAGCAAUGGCAGAAACCAUUCUCUCUACAAAACGAUUCCUUCUUCUUUCAUCCCCAACACUCGUCUCCUUCUCAACUCCUUUCCCAUCUUUCACUUUUACACCUUCAUCAAAAAUCCUCCAUUACAAUCCCUACCCAAAAAGAUUCAAUCUUUCCUCAAAACCCACCAAUUUCUCCAGAAAUUUUAGCACCUCACCAGGAACUGAGUGCCCUGUUCCCUUAGAUCAACAACCCAUUAAUGAAUACCAAAAUCUCUCCACUUCCUUUCCUUUUUCUUGGGCUUCAGGUGAUUUUGUUGAAUACUCUUGCAGAUUGUUAGCUACUGGCCUUGCUUUUGCCCUUCUUGUGGGAUUACCAGUUUCAUGGUUCGGGUCUAUUGGGUCGGAUCAUGACCCGUUUAAUCUCUUUUUGGGUUCUGUUUCUAGUGGCCUAUUUGUGGUUACUUUAUCUGUUUUGAGGAUGUAUUUGGGUUGGGCUUAUGUGGGCAACAGAUUGCUCAGUGCCACUGUUGAAUAUGAAGAAACUGGAUGGUAUGACGGUCAGAUUUGGGUCAAGACAGCAGAAGUUUUGGCUCGAGAUCGUCUUUUAGGCUCGUUUCAGGUAAAGCCAGUUCUAAGUAGGUUGAAAAACUCCCUGGUUAUACUUGCAAUAUCUUUAUUCGUGUGUGUCGCCCUUCUAAUAAAUUAUGAAGGGAGCCAAAAGGAAAUCCGGAAAUCGUACAUUGGAACUGGGGAUCGCGUUGUACCUGGAGUUUACAAUGACGAUUCUGCUCGAUCGUUUGAGCCUGAUGCAUUCUACGGUGAACCUAAUCUGGUUCCUGAAUGACUGUAAACUUGUAACAUAUUUGUCCGAAAUUUGUUGUGUACAUGCCCAAUAUUCCUUAUAUAUUCUUGUAAAUCAACUGUCGAGACUUCUGUAUAGCAAGUUAUGACAUCGGCUUUUAGGUUAAACGUGCCUUGCCCUUCUCUGUUGUACUACGAUCCUGUCUAAAUAUAGCUUAUAUGGUUCAAUUGGUUCUCGUUAUGUAAAUUUUUUAGUGCAAAAAUGUGAUAUUAAUUGUAUAAUUGAAAGUGUCCGAAAAAUUACUGAUCGAAUGAAAGUAUUGAAUGAUACGACAAUUGUUGCUGUG